AUGACUUCUACUGCAAAACCAUGGCAAACGGAUCCGAUUUCGGCUCAGAAGAAAGAACUUCGAAAGAAAAUUGCAGCCCGUCUGGCAGACGUCUCUACCGAGGAAGUUCGACGACAAAGCGAAGCUGUGGCUGAAAAGGUGAUCUCGUCUUCAUGGUUCAAAGAUGCGCGAAGAUUGUCUGUUUAUGUCCAUACAAAAGGAGAAAUCGAAACAGACCGAAUCGUUGAAGAAUCGCUGAAGCUGGGAAAGGAACUUUUCAUACCUCAGUUUGCUAAAGGGAAUCCCCGAAUGCGCCUGCUUCGUGUUCCCUCUCACUCUGAUUUCCUAAAGUUGGAACCAACUCUUUGGGGUAUUCGACAGCCCAACGACAGCGAUCACUGGGAAGAUUAUGAAGGCACAGGUGCUCUGGAUUUGAUUCUGAUGCCAGGCGUGGCUUUCACUCUGAAUGGAUGCAGAUUAGGUCAUGGAAUGGGGUAUUACGAUCGAGCAUUAAAUGCGCAUCGACGACAGUUUGGCGUUCUGCCAGCUCGAUACGGUCUGGCCCUAAUGCAGCAGAUCGUCAACGACGUCCCUCUAUCCGACACAGACGUUGCACUUGACGGUAUUGUUUUAGCUGCUUGA